GUUGACUCUGACCAGCGAGUUCAAGUCAUGGCGGGGUUGGACACCAUCCCUCGUCUCCCUGGCGUGCCACUGGAUCCCAAGCGCAUCGGUCUGUGGAAAAUUGGAAGGACCAUAGGGACAGGUGCCUCUGGUCGUGUUCGCAUUGCUCGCCACGCCAAGACUGGACAGUAUGCUGCUAUAAAAAUUGUUUCCAAACUAAGCUUCGACCCAACUACACCUCUCAACUGCAUCAGCAGCACCACAGACUAUAAUCUUGUUGCGCUUGAACGUGAAAUCGUCGUCAUGAAGCUGAUCGACCACCCCAACAUCAUGCGUCUCUACGACGUUUGGGAGACAUCGACUCAUAUGUACCUCAUACUCGAAUAUGUUCAAGGAGGCGAGUUGUUUGAGCAUCUUUGCAAACGCGGUCGACUUCCCACCGAAGAGGCUCGAGGUUAUUUCCAGCAAAUCAUCUCUGCCAUCGACUAUUGUCAUCGCUUCAAUAUUGCGCAUCGCGACCUCAAGCCGGAGAACAUUCUUUUGGACGAGCAAUCGAACAUCAAAAUUGCCGAUUUUGGCAUGGCGGCAUGGUUGACCAACGGCAUGCUGCAAACUUCGUGCGGGAGUCCCCACUACGCAGCUCCAGAGGUAUUCGACUCUCGACGAUACGAGGGUUCUGGGGCAGAUAUUUGGUCAUGUGGUGUCAUUCUGUUUUCCUUAUUGGCUGGGCGAUUGCCUUUCGAGUCUGACGACGACGAUAUGGACGCCCUGGUACCGAAAAUCCUAGGCGCCGCAUACGAUAUGCCUCAAGACAUCGAUCCCAGUGCUCAAGACCUCAUACGCAAAAUGCUCGUUGUCAACCCUCAUCAGCGUAUCACGAUGCCUGAACUUCUACAACAUCCAUUCUACAACUUGAACAAGCCUAUCACCAGCUAUCACGUUCCUUCCCUCGAGAAUAUUUCCCGCCCAAUCACCAACGGAACUCCUAUCGAUCCCGAUAUACUUGCCAACCUCCGUGCUCUGUGGCAUCCAACUCCCGAUGAGGAGAUUCUCGGAAGUCUGAAAAAUGAGGAACAAAAUUGGCAGAAAGGUAUAUACCACCUUCUUGUCGACUAUCGCAAUCGCCAUUCCGAAGAUUAUCACGAAGAGGAAAAGCUCGCUGAAGCUCGACGGCAAAAGAGGAAGCAGAAACGCCAGCAACAAACCCUUUUCGCAGUCUCUUCAAACUCAACUAUUGUCAGAGUACUACGACAAGCUGAACUUCCUCCUCGGGAUGGACCGCCUACUCCUCGAAGAGCUGUACGCCGUUCAUCAUUUGCCAAUGACUCACCCAUGGUCCCCAAAAUCCAGUUUCUUCCUGCUACUCCUACACCUGAGAAAACUGGUCAUCUUGCUCCUCAAUCUGCCGAUACAGAUAUCAAGAUGCAGGCUGCUUGGAAUCAAAUUGCCGAGGAUCUCAAUACUGGGACAAAAGACUAUCCUGAACCUUUUGCUUGGAGUCAUCUUCCCUCUCUAGGUACAACUCUUGAUCGCUCUGAUACUGCAAGCACGCGCCCCCUCAGCAUCCAGAGGAAAGUCCAGCCGUCACGUGCCAGAGUUGAAGCAGAUAUGGAGGACAAGGAGAAUGUGGCCGAUCCGUCCGUGGGAACUGUCCCCAAGUCGUCAUUGAAGACAGGCAAACAUGGGAAAAAAGCGAUGCCUUCAGACAAACGAGUCAAAAUCAUGGCGCCAGCACCUUUCUCAAAACUCGGAAUACGCAGAGUAUCACCCUCGUCUCCGGUUCCAGGCUUGCCUUCGAGAUCUACUUCUAUCUCCGUCUCUCCCAAACGUCGGUGGUUGGGAGGUGUCUUUAACUCGAAACCCGUCGCAGUGACCUUUGAAUCAUUCUAUGACAUAUACACUACCAGAAACGAGUGUCGACGCUUGUUGAUGGAAAUGGACUUGCGGGUGGUGUUGGGCGAUGCAGAAGGACUCGGGGUGCUUCACUGUCGUCUUGAAGACACCAAGCAUCCAAGCGUUCUCAUGGCAACGAUGAAAGCAGUGCAAUUCAGAGCAGAAGUGCAGCGAUUUGUCCAUGCACGAAAUGAAGAGUCAGUUUCGGUCCGAGUUGUCUACGAGAAAGGGUCUGUAGACACGUUUAAAGAGGUUUGCAAGCGGCUGUCGAGAAAUUGGGACCUCGAUCAAUUUGUCGACUGA